CAUUAUCUUACUCUAUAGUUCUGGUGACGUAAUGGUCGUCGACAUCGACCAGAUAGAAGGAUUGAACAUCUUCAAAUCCCCUGACAGCCAAACCAUUCAAGCUACCGGGAAUGGAAUGCAAGGACGAGUAUUCRUUCGUCUUGAAGACUCACGAGGAGAAGAGGACCACAGGCUUAGAUGUGUGAACUGGUACUACCAGCAAGGAGAUGCUCGCGCAUUUACACAGUCAUUAGAACCAUGUCCAUGCAGUGAAUGGCAAGCAUGGAGAGAUAGAAGAUUCAGAUUUACCACGUGGAGUUGGCCUCGCAUUUGUUACUACUCCCGCUUUCCUUCCUCAUGGGGGUGGGGACAGGAGUGUUGUUACAAGUUUGAGAGAAGACAGCACUGGUGGGGGUGGUGGUGGUGGAUUAGCUUUUUGGCAAAUGGCUUUCCAGAUGGAGGCAACGCGCACAGGUUUCAUAAGUAUAGGUACCCCACUGAAUACCAGAAUGAUGAUAAACAGGCRUAUGAMGACUGCUGUAUCAAWAGYAACAUGUGYUGGAUGUACCAAGAAGCACGGCCAUCAGACRCGUGUUCACGUUACAUCCCACCGAGAUGGAGUGAGUAAAGWAUUGCAAUGGUG